CCUGCCGGGAGCUGGUCACAUUCUCGCUGUCUGCUUUUCAGCAAAAAUGUGGGUGCCGAAUUUUCCUAUCACCGUGGUCAGUGCGGUGGUCGCAAGCGCCGGCGCAGUUUGCAUAUUCAAAGAUAUGUACGGCGGGCCAGCGUUCGACCACAGCGUCCGCGCGGAUGGCAAGACGGUCAUAGUGACAGGGGCUAAUACUGGCAUAGGCAAAGAAGUGGCUUGGGAGUUUGCCAAGCGAGGUGCUAAGGUAUUCAUGGCAUGUCGUGACUUAGAGAAGUGCGAAGAGGUGCGUCGUGAUAUCGUCUUAGAGACGAAGAACAAGUUCGUAUAUUGCCGUCCUUGCGAUCUCGCGUCGCUUGCUUCUGUCCGUGACUUUGUUGCCAUGUUCAAAAGCGAAGAGCCAAAACUACACGUCCUAGUAAACAACGCGGGCGUAAUGGAGCCUCCAGAGCCGCUGACCCGCGACGGCUUCGAGCCCCAGCUUGGUGUGAACCACCUCGGACACUUCCUGCUCACGAACUUGCUCUUGGACACCUUGAAGGCUUCAGCCCCCAGCAGAGUGGUAAUAGUUGCUGCCAGCGCGCACUACCGCGGGAAAAUCAACAAGCAAGACCUUAACAUGACGCAGACGAAGGACAAAACGUCGGCGUACGCGCAGAGCAAGCUGGCUAACGUGCUUUUCGCGAGAGAGCUAGGAAGGCGGUUACUAGAUUCCAAUGUAGCAGUGAUAGCGGUCGACCCGGGCCUCACCGACACAUCGUUAACGCGUCAUAUGUCUAUGAUGAAGAGCGUCACUCGGUUUUUAAUCUACCCUAUCUUCUGGCCGUUCAUGAAGAAACCUAAGACCGGUGCCCAGGUUAUUUUGCAUGCUGCGUUGCAUGACAAAAUGGAUACAUGUGCUGGAGAUUAUUACGUGUAA